AUGGGCGACACCAAUAGCACGGGCCAGGAUUCCGGCAAGUCAUUGUCUCCUGCCCCGCAGCAUAGGCGCGGCUAUCAGGCAUGCGAUCCAUGUCGCAAGCGAAAGGUCAAAUGUGAUCUAGGCAGUGUUGAUAACCCUCGUCCCCCACCAUGUGUGCGAUGUCGGCGUGAGAGUAAACUGUGCGAAUUUUCGGCCACCAGGCGUAAGCGCAAGGCUUCCGAUGCCACUGAGGAUGCUGAGGCCGCCGAGGUUCUUCGCCGCGACAAGCGGAUGAUGACCGGGGAGGCACCCACCAAAAAGGAAUUACCUGAAGGAUCACCCUUUCCUCCCUCAGAGCCCUCCCUUGAUACCGAAGCCUUUCGUGCUCGCCAGAGAUGGUCCGAGACCACCCCCGCCCAGGCUCCAGUCAGCCAGCGAUAUACCCCGAGUGCGCCGACUGCUUCCCCGGCCAGGCAAUUCUUAGAAUCGAGGAAUCCUCGUGUGCCGACAUAUCCAACAGGCGAUCGUCCCUUGGUGUCUGGGUACGGUGGACAGCCUAUGAUGAAUCGGACUGCCGUGGAGCUGUUGUCACCUGCCAUCACCAAUACCCAUGAUGCUUUACAUCUUCUCUCUGAAGCAGCGGGCAGGACCGAAGACUUGAAUCGCUUUGCUGCACGACAGUCUGUCUCCUCGUUCAACUCAGGUCCUUCACCUUUGGCGCAUGGAAACUCCCCAGCAGGUUCCUUCUCGCGAACCCCUCGAUCGGGCAUCUCACUUGGUGGAAAUACUUAUUUCCAAGGUGGUGGCCCCGGCAUUGCAGAUCCUCAGAUUUCUGAUAAUAAUGGCCAACAAGAGGAGUCGGUAAAUACGCAAGACCCUGGAUAUCUUGACGCUAUUCGAGCAUGGUCUCGAUUGCGAUUUGUCCGUGCGGGCUGGAUGACGGUGGAAGAGGGCAUGGAGUAUGUGGCAUACUACUAUGAGAACCUUGCACCAAUGAGCCCCGUAGUGACACCAGACUAUUCCCACCCGGCUACACAUCGAACGUUGCUUACCGACGAGCCGGUACUUGCGGUGACCAUUCUCACAAUUGCUUCUCGCCAUCUGAAACCCCAGGGCGAUGGUGCUAGCACAAGAGCAUUCUAUAUUCACGACCGUCUUUGGUCCUACCUGCGCGGUAUGAUCGAGCGCCUCUUCUGGGGCCAAGAGAAAUUCGAUGCUGGAGGACCAGGUAUCGGACGGCCUCGCGGCCUUGAUCUGGGGGCGAAUUCAGGAAAGUCAUUCGCCAAAGGAAACUUGAGAGCUUUAGGUACCGUGGAAGCGCUAUUGAUCUUGACGGACUGGCACCCCCGGAAUCUUCACUUUCCUCCUGGUGAUGACGAAAACACACUUCUAGACAGGGAAGCUCAAUCUCAAAGUCGAGCCGAAAAAGAUGUCGACACUGAAAGCCAGACCAAGGGACAGAAUAGCUCCGCUGAGGGCCGGGUUGCUUUCCAGAAAUGGUUGGAGCCGGCCUGGAGAUCAGAUCGGAUGUCAUGGAUGCUUUUGAGCACGGCACAAGCUCUGGCCUUUGAACUUGGUGUUUUCGAUCACAAAAGCGAUUCAAAAGGUGCACUUGAGUCACUCCCUGAACAGGCCAGGAAGCGUCGGUUGCGGCGGUUGAUUCUUGUUUUCAUCACGCACAGCAGUGGUCGACUCGGGAUUCCAUCGAUGCUGCCGCUGCCAGAAUGGGCGCAAGACAUGCCCCCAGCAACAGCAGGUCUCCAAAGCGAUCGGCCGGAUCUUGAUCAGAUGCAAGAUUGCUGGAUGGAAAUCUCACAAAUUGUGUAUGAUGCCAAUCACCAGCUGUUUGCCUCAAGCGAGCAAACUUCGGAGUUAAUCAAGAGUGGGCGAUACCGUGAGCAAAUCGAUUGGUUUCAGCCUCAACUACGAGCGUUCAGACAACAUCUGGAUCGCGUUAACCUCACCCCAGCCAUGCGCAGCAUUCUUAUGAUCGAAUACGAGUACACAAGACUAUAUGUCAACUCGCUUGCUCUUCAAGCAGUUGUCGACCGCUGGACAACCAUGUCCAACGAAUCUUCCCACGUACAGCCUGGACGGCCGGGUUCGGGACCAACAUCAGGCAGCAGCGGGUGGUUCCGGACCCUGAUGGAGCUUUAUCGCGUUAAUGAGCACUACAUCCAAGAAGUUGUGGAUUCCUCUCGGCGGAUUCUGCAAACGGUUUUGGAAGGACUCGUCCCUGGAGGCCGUCUCAGACAUGCACCCAUCCGAACUUUCUUCCGUAUCUUGUCCGGAAUGAUCUUCAUCCUGAAGACUUUUACCCUCGGCGCUCGAGAAGACGACGUACGGAUCUCUCUGGACCUACAGGACCGGACGGUGGAGGCACUGCGGACUUUUGUUGUUGAUGACGUGCACAUCAGUAACACCGUUGCUCGAUUGUUGGAACUACUCACAAGCAGUAUUCGUACGCGGUUCCUACGUUUUGCACCACACGACCGCGGAGGAGAUGGCGAAGGCGCGGAUCGCUCAUCAGCGCCGGUUUCUCGAGCUCAGUCUCCACCGCGCGAGAGCGUGGCAGGUCGUCGAGACGGCUCGCAUGCACCCUGGUCCUCGGCUCAAGGCCACGAUGCAACUCCAAGCGGAGGUGGAUUGGGUUAUGUGGAGAGCAACGGGAAUCCGUCAGGGCCGAUCGGGUCGGCCCAUGAUCCUUUGGCCAAUAUUCCUGCGCAGCAGAUCAACUCGUCCAACCUGGGUGUAUCUUUCAUGCCGCCGCCUCCCUCCGUCUACUACAACUACUACGACUCGAAUUCGACCAUGCCUUCCGACGAUAUGGGACGGUCUUCACCAAACCACGUCGUCUCUCACAAUACUGGAGACAGCAAUGGCGCAAAUGCCACCCCUGGCGGGUUGCCGGACUGGUUUGCCCUGCCGCUGGACCAAUUCUUCAACAGCUCCACUGGAGUGGUUGACCAAGGUCUAAGGUGGAACCGGACCCAUUUUGACAUGUUGGAAGUUCUUCUGAAUGAGGGCUAUGACGGCAACGCCAACGGCGAAGGCGAGUCCGGGGGCGGGACACUCACAUCCCAAUUCCUGUGA